AUGAUGGGCGCGCGCGCGACGACGACGACGACGGCGACGGCGACGGUGACGCGGAAGACGACGACGACGCGCCGAAGCGCGGCGGCGGCGCGCGCGACGCGAGGGGACGACGAAACGAUCGCGGCGAAGGUUAAAAAUUUCGCGAUCGCGACGACGCUCGCGACGACGCUGAGCCUCGGCGCGGUGACGAGCGACGCGAAGGCGGGGGAGAUUGAAAUUCUCGCGACGCCGGCGCCGACGGCGGGGUACAUCGUGGACGACGCGGGAUUGAUGUCGAGGUCGACGGCGACGGCGGUGAACAAGACGCUGAAGGAGCUGGAGGACGCGACGGGAUUUCACGUGAACGUGAUCACGGUGAGAAAAUUGGUGUUUGAGACCGAUCCGUUCGCGUUUGGGGAUAAGGUUUUGGAGACGUGGUACCCGACGGUGGAGGAGGGGAACGAUAAGGGUAACUUGUUGCUGGUGAAGUCGACGAAGGACGGCGCGUUGGUGGGGGGGCCAAAAUUUUUGAAACAGGUUGGCGAUCCUUUGAUUGACAGCGUUUUGACGAGCAACUACGGUAUUAAUCUCGAGCAAGAAAAGUAUAACGAAGCGUUGACGUCGUCGGUGAAGCGCAUCGCGGCGGUGCUCGAGGGCAAGGACGAUCCCGGCCCUCCGGCAAAGUUUGAGGCGCAAAAGGGAAGCAACUUCAAGACGAAGAGCGAGACGAGCGAGAAGCGUGACGUGUUCGCGAACGUCGUCAUCGGCUUGCUCGUCAUCUCUUUCGUCGUGCCGAUGUUGCAAUACGCCGGUUACGUCGUCGGUGACCCGGACUUUGACGAAUAA